CGGCGGAGAUUGCUCUCGGAGCCAGAAAUCCAAGCAAAUGUGAUCUGUGGCGUCUCCCCCCUCAACAAUACCUUACUUCCGAGAGUCCUGCAACGGAAGUCCUUCAGAGAACGUCUUCACAAUGCCGCUCAUAAUCCAAGACGCACUUUCCCGGAUCCUGUUGUUUUCAUUGGGUUUCAUAGGAAUCAUGGCAGCACAUGUUGAUGCAGCAAGCACCACGGCGAAAGGCACAUGGACACGGAGCACCGGCCUCUCCUGCACAGGCUUUCUCGCCUCCGCGUCAACCGACGCAUGCAUCCUUGCCUGCACAAACGCCUAUACCGUAACCCAAAACGACGAUCUACUCACCAACGGCAUCCCCUUGAACACCACUCCGCUCCCGGACAAUUGCCACUGCGACGCGCUCUCCGCCGAAUGGGAGCAGACGGCGACUGCAAUGACGGGAUUGGUUGUAUUCCUUGAGUUUCAGUGCUCGUGGAGCGGUACAUUGCUGUCGGAUACGUCGAUUGAUUCCACCGUGACAUGUGUGCUGGCAGGGGUUACAGCGACUUGCAGUGGGAAAUAUGACUGUACGGCGGGCUGUGCGCCUUUUGAGACGAAGGGGUUUGCUGAUUGGGUCGAUGCGAGCACUUGCUUGGGUAUCUCGUGUCCUGGCGGGAUUGCGGGGACAAAGAAGCAGACGAGGACUUGUACACUACCAGCAAAGGCAGAUGGGACGCCGGGAUGCAAUGGAGUUACGCAGAGGACUGUUGGCUGUGUGGACGCAGAUUACUGUGCUCGGUCUGUCAAAUCUGGCGGGGAGAGGCAGUCCAUCCUUUUGUAUGGGCUGUUAGCUUUCCCAUUGAUGCUGCUAUUCCAAAGAUGGAGGUAGAAUUGUUGAAUACUCGUAUCUAUUUUGGGGUCCUAUCGGU